AUGUCAGUAUUACCACCAUUAAAUCAAACUACAAAUUCUAAUCAUCCUGUUGGCAAACCUUCGAAAUUAAUCAAUAUACAACAUUUAUCAUUUAAAGAUCAACUUCCAGAUUUACAAACAAAUAAUACAACUUCAUCGUUACCUAUAACUCCUAUAUCAAUAGAUAUGCCUAUAACGUCAUCUAAUUCAAACAAUUUUGAAUAUAAAUCACUCCCAAUAUCUCCUCAACCUUCCAAAGUUCAAUCAAGCACAUUAGAAGACACCUACAAUAACUUUUCACCUAAAUUAACAUCAAAUACAUUAGAUGGAUUACGAAAGUAUUUUAAUCAUGAUAAUACUUACGAAAAUGAAGAAUAUGAAGAAGAUGAAAGUGAAAGUAUUAUGUCAGAAGUUCAUAGCUUAUUAACGCCAGAUUUUGCAAACGACAAAAACUCAUACACUCAACAAUUUAUUCAACAACAACAAAAACAAUUUCAAAUUGCUGAAACUGCUGCAUUCAUAAGUGAUGUAAAACAAACUUUACCUUUGACAACAUCUGCAAAAGCAACUAGUCAAUUAAUACUAUCUACGUAUUUUUCAAAUGAAAUUUUUUAUUCACAAAAUUUAAUUAAUUUAACUCAACAUUUUAUAAAUCAAGAAUUUGAAUCUUUCAGUCAUGAUUUAAUUUUACAUCCUCAAAUUCCAUCUUCAAAAUAUCAUGAAAAAAUUUUAAAAAAUCUAGAUCAAUUAUAUGAAUCAUCAAUUGAAUUAGUUUCAACUAUUACUAUGUUUAAUUGUUUACUUAAAAAAAUAAAUAGUCAUGAUAUAAGUUUAAAUAAUUUAAAACUUAUAAAGAAACAAUUUGAUAAUUUAAUACAUCACCAUUUAAGUCAUGAUGUACAUUAUAUUUUGGAUAAGAUAAUAGAUGGAUUAUACGAAUACAAUUUAAUGAUUGAAGAAAUUAAUGAAAAAGAUGAAAUUGAAGAAGAUCACAAAGCAGAGACUUAUGCUACUAUUAACGAUUAUUAUAAUGAAAUUGAAACUAUAUUAAGUUUAAAAAAUUCAAAAUUAACCAUUCUGGAUUGUUCAAAAUUUCAUGAUUAUUUGAAUGAGGAAAUAUUAAAUAAUUCGAAAUGGAAUAGUUAUAUUAUACACUUGAAAAAUCUUGUAUAG